UGCUCUUCUUCUCGUUUCUAGUUGUGUGGAUUAUACGUCCGAGGGUAGCUGGGUGGCCAUCUGAGGCUGGCUGCGGAGUGUGCUGCUGACAACGGUGUAGUGAGAGGAUGGUGUGAAGAACUUUGAAAAAGGUCGGGGACUUGACGAUGGCGAUCUCUGGUAGUGGACUCUUGCUCGGGGAAUUCUUUCUUCACGAGAGGUUCUGUGUGGCGCGAGCUGAGAAGAUCGUCAGCCUUGACUUUCUUUCGUCCUCCAGCCAUGUCUGUGCCGCCAGGAGGAGUGGGAAGUGCUCGUGGAGAGCGCGGGCGUCCGUUUCUGUGCAGUUGCGGGAAGCAGGGAGUGGUGCUGAGGCUCUGUUAGAGGGAAUUGCGCAUGACUUGUACUUAGAGAAGGAUAGUUUGGGGAAUGAGGCUUCGAAUUCUAAUGGACAGGAAGUUGUCGAUACCUCGGACGAUUCUCCUUCGGCUUCUUCUUCUUCCUCUUCUUCUCCUUCUUCUUCGUCUCAGAUUGAUAGGUCUAUGUCGAGUUACGUUGAGAUUAUUAGUGCACUGCGAGGGAAACGUUCGAAUGCAUGCGAAAAUUCUAAUAUAGGUCGCGGAUUAGGAAACUCUGAGGAUGUAGAGAAACUAUCCGUCACGAAAGUCGUAGGAAAGCCAAUUACUAGGGAUGUGUCCAGAGCGAAGAGAGGAGGUUACGCGAAAUUGAGUGGACGUGAAAGAAGUAGGGAUAUUUGGGAAUCGUCACGGGAUUCAAAGCAUAAAACAAUUAAUUUGGUUAAGGCGCUAAAUGCAUUGCCAUGCGGAGGUACAGUUCUGAAUUUGCUCGAGCAAUCUGAGUUGCAAUUUACAUCACGCCAAACUUCUUUCAUUUUGAAUUCUCUUAAGAAUCCCGACAAGGCGCUGGAAGCGUUUCAGUGGAUGCAAGAAAAUGGGAAGACGAGAGGGAACGUGUAUUCCUACAACAUUAUGUUCAAGAUUCUAGGGUCGAGACAGCAAUGGCCGAUAAUUGACGAGCUUCUAGGUCAAAUGCUGGGAGAUGGUUGUGUGCCGGAUGAUUACACAUUCAACACCUUAAUUAUGAGUGCAAGCAAGGCUGACUAUGCUGACUAUGCCACGAGAGCUUUCCAAAUGAUGUUAGAGAAGGGAGUUCAACCCACCAGAUUGACCUACAGUAUGAUGAUGCUGCUGUAUCAGAAGAAUGGUAAAGUCGAGGAUGCAGAGGUUGCAUUCUCGCACAUGUUGCAGAGCGGGAUUCAAGUAGUGGCCGCAUACUCUGCCAUGAUCGCAAUUUACACGCGGUGCGGUUUCUUUGAGAAGGCAGAGAAAAUAAUGGAGGACAUGUGGAACCACAAAAUUGCGCCCGACAGAGAUAACUGGUUGAAGCAAAUGAAUACUUAUGGACAGCAAGGAAAAAUAGAAGAAGCGGAGCACAUAAUGGACACAAUGGAGAGGUUAGGGAUGCAUCUAGGUGUCGUCGGUUAUAACUCUAUGAUCACUGCAUAUGGGAAGGCAGGUCUUUACGAGAAAGCACUUCGGCUGUUUGAGAAGAUGAAAGAGGCGGGCCUCGAGCCAGACGAGGUAACGUAUAGCUGUAUGAUAGGGGCGUGUGGACGUGCGGGGAAGCUUAGGGAUGCAUUGGAUUAUUUUCAGGCGAUGAAGAGAUUGGGGAUUAUGCCAGCAUCAUCAAACUUUAACACUCUGAUUAGUCUGUACGGAAAGGCAAGAAAUGUGGUGGGCAUUGUCCGUGUCUUAGCGGAUAUGAAGAAUUUUGGGUGUACGCCUGAUUCACAGACGCUAGAUGCGGUUGUAAGGGCGUAUGAAAGAGCUGGGCAAACGAAGAAGGUCGUUCAGGUUCUUAGCUUAUUACGGGAAGCUGGUUGGGUUGAAGACACAGAAAGUUAUGGCACAUUGCUACAUGUUUACCUGAAAUGUAAUCUGCAGAAAGAAGCCUUAAGUGUGUUUUCCGCCAUGCGCAAAGCUGGUAUGGCACCGAAGGAAUAUAUGUGCCGCAGUCUAAUUUGUGCAUGUAAAGAUGCUGGAAUGUUCGAAGAUGCGACAAACGUGUUCAGGGACAUGCAGAGUGCAGGCGUUGUUCCCAGCUUAGAGACCUCAUGCACCAUGAUUAAUGUCCAUGGGUUGAAGGGCGAUGUAAAACAGGCUGAAGAGCUGUUCCGCUCACUUCGAAGUUCAGUUUCAAAACUAGAUAUUAUAGCGUACAAUGUCAUAAUCAAUGUCUACAUGCGGUAUGGAAUGCACGAAGAGGCCUUCAGGAUUUACAAGUUAAUGGAAGAAGAAGAUGGUCUGCUUCCAGACUCUUAUACGUAUCACUCAAUGUUGAGGAUGUGUCAGAAAUGUAAUCUCCAGACGCAAGCCGAGGAGAUUUAUUGGAGGUUGAGAAACUCAGAUGUCGAGUUAGACGAAGUUAUGUGCAACUGUGUGCUUAACACUUGCGCAAGAUUUUUGCCUCUUGAGGAGGUGCAUAAAAUAUUUCAGGAGAUGAUAGAUGUUGGAUGCAUUCCAAAUACUAUAACUUUCAACGUUAUGAUUGAUUUGUACGGCAAAUCUGGGAUGUUAGACAGGGCACGUGAUGCUUCGAAGUUAGCUCAGCAAUUAGGAGUAGCGGACAAGAUAACAUUCAGCACUUUGAUUAAUUCUUACGGCAAAAAGCAAGACUUUCGAAAUAUGGAGGCGACUCUUUGGGAAAUGCAGAAUGCAGGGCACGGAGGUUCUUUGGAGGCCUAUAAUUGUGUACUUGAUGCGUACGGAAAAGCGGGUCACCUUGACAAGCUUGAGGAUGUAAUUGCUCGUAUGGAGAAAUCGGGCCUUCAGAUGGAUCUUGCAUCGUAUAAUAUUCUCAUCAAUAUAUAUGGAAGACACACCAAAAUUGCUGAGAUGGAAGCUCUAUUUCACAAAAUGCAAGAAGAAGGCUUCAUCCCUGACAGAUGGACUUAUAAUACUAUGAUUAGAACAUAUGGCUAUGCGGAUUAUCCUGAUAAAGCAGUGGAUACCUUCAAGAUGAUGCAAGACUCAGGAAUCAUGCCAGAUAGAGUAACCUAUGUCAUGCUUGUUGCUGCUUUUGAGAAAGCAGGGAACCUCCUAGAAGCAGCGAGGUGGUCUCUAUGGAUGACUCAAGCAGGCUACACAAAAUGAUCACAAUAGAGAUCAAUGACUCAUUGCUCAUGUGAUGUGCAACAAACCAUACUGAAAGGAUUAAAGCUCAGUCCCUCAAUUAAAUAUGCAAAUGAUUCAAGAAAUCAAAUGGGAGCUGGAGAGGUACAUCUACUUUUUGCACUCUGGACUCUUAGCAUUAGCGAAAUAGUCUUGUAGUUAGAUUCUUUAAAAGGUGAUGUAAAAUGGUAUAACAUUAACUAUAUUUAAAUUAAAAAAAAAAAAAAAAAAAAAAAAAAAAAACUGAAUUUUAUUUCUGUCAUUCUAUGUGUACUUUUAAACUAGAUAGUCCAUAAGGUAUUUCUUUUUCUUGAUAAUGUUUUGAUACUACUAUCCUCAGGUAUUUGUUUCUCUUACAGCUGAUUUUGUUCUUUUAUGUGGAAUGUGUUAGUCAUGUUUAGUAGUGUUAUUGGCUCCAAAGAAAACAACUGCAGUAUUUUUAUUUUUAUUUUUUUUAAUCCUCAAAUCACAUAGUGAAUGGGAAUAAAAUGAAAUUGUAAAAGAA